AUCUAUUGAACUGGAGACCAACAAGUCAGGGAAACAAGACAACGAACAUUGACUUUGGUACAUUCAUCUCGAGUUUAGAUCUAAGACAACCAAAAUCAGAAGCACUAAUGUAAUUUGAAACUUCCAUGGCGAUCGUCACUGAAUUACCAGAAGAACAAGAAGCGGCAAUAACAUAUGAUGUUUUCCUGAGUUUCAGAGGGAAAGACACUCGUCUCGGUUUUAGCGAUCACCUCUACCAAGCUUUGGUGAAUGAAAACAUCUCUACCUUUCUUGAUGAGGAAGAGGUUGAAACUGGGGAAGAACUUAAACCAGAACUUGCAAGAGCUAUAAAAAGCUCUCGUGCUUCCAUAAUUGUGUUGUCUAAGAACUACGCAUCUUCAACAUGGUGUCUGGACGAGCUCGUGAUGAUCCUUGAGCAACGAAGGGUCUCUGAUCAUAUUGUUCUCCCUGUUUUUUACAACGUCGAGCCGACACAUAUCAGGAAGCAAGAAAGCACUUUUAGAGAAGCGUUAUUUGAACACAAACGGAGGAUUGAGUCCGAAAAGGAUGUGGAGAAGAAACUUCAGGGUGCUCGUAAGUUGGAGUUGUGGACGAAAGGACUUACAGAAGUUGCUGAUCUGAAAGGAAAGGAUGCAAAUGGCCGACGAGAGACUGUGUUCAUUGACGAACUCGUUAAGGAAAUUAGUAGUAGACUGGAACUACACACCCGGACUAAAAUCCCCCAUCUAAUUGGGAUGGACAUGACUAUUCUUACCAUAAGUUCCUGGUUGAAAGGAGGAUCGUCAUCAAAAUCUGCUGAAGUUCUCACAAUAUGGGGAAUGACGGGGAUCGGAAAAACAACUUUGGCAAAAUAUAUCUAUAGGUUGCAUAGCCAUGAAUUUGCAAGAAGUAGCUUUGUUGAAGACAUUGAAAGAAAAUGUGCAGAACAAACAUAUGCUCUACUCGAUUUACAAAAACAGCUUCUUGGAGACAUUCUGGGGAAAAGAAUGAUUGAAGAACAUGAUGUAGAUGUUUGCACAUCUAAGAUUGAGAAAGCAUUACUUAAUAAACCAACACUAGUGGUUCUUGAUGGUGUCGAUAACUUUGAGCAGGUAGAUGUGUUGAUCGGAACAAAAGGUUUUCAUCCAGGAAGCAAGAUUAUUGUAACAACCAAAGAUGGGUCCCUAACAGAAAAGUGUUCAUUGUUUCGUAUGAAAUUUCCUCCAAAGCAUACAGAGCAUGCACUUUAUGGUUUAAGUGCUACAGAAUCUCUAAGACUUUUAUGUUGGCAUGCAUUUGGAGGUUAUGAUCCUAAGGAAGGUUAUGAAGAAGAGGCAAUAAGAGCUUCAAAGUAUUGUGGAGGACAUCCACUCGCUCUAAAGGUUUUGGGUAGUUCUCUAAAUAACGAAGAUGUUGCCACAUGGAGUGAUACCUUUGAAAUGCUAGAGACAGGAGAAUUCCAUAAUCAUGUACACAAGGUCCUCCAAAUUAGCUUUGAUUCUUUGCCAUCGGAAGAUUGCAAAGAAUUGUUUAAGCAUAUUGCAUGUUUUUUUGUUGGGAAAGAUAGAGAAGCUACCGAAAUAAUCUUAAAGGAAUGUGGCAUUCGCACAUCAUAUGGGAUGAAAAAGCACUUCGAUAGAUGUCUUCUCACAAUUGGAGGAGAUAAUAUGAUCACAAUGCAUCAGUUGCUUCAAGAUAUGGGGAGAGAUUUAGUCCACAAAGAAUCACCUGAUAAGCCAUGGAAGCGUAGUCGAGUAUGGAAACAUGAGGAGUCCCUCGAUUUGUUAAAAAAUGACAAGGGUACCCAAAGAAUUCAAGCUUUGGAAGAAGCCAAAGCUUCUUGGGUCAUUGAAGAUUCUUAAUCUGAGUUAUUGCAAGAUUGUUAGAGUUGAAGGCUUCUCUUGGCUACCUGCACUUGAGAGAUCAGAAGAUGCAGAUAUGGGAUUCACACAGAUGGUUUCAUUUAAACAAUCUCCCAGUCCAGAUGAAUUACGAAUUUGGAAUAUUUAGCACAUGUUUUCCUGAGAAAACAGUUCCAGAUUGGUUACCUCAUAAAAGCAAGGGUUCAUCAAUAUCAAUAUCAAUAUCAAUAGCCAUGCCAGCGUCUUCAAUGAAUAAAAAGAUACAAGGAAUAAAUAUAAGCUUUGUGCAAACAGGAAAGAUAGGUCAUUUAAGCAUAAAAAUAUUUGCUGUCCCAGAAACUGAUGAAGAUAUAGUAUGGUUAUGUCAUUGGAUGUUUGGGGAUAAUGAGAUUAAAAAUGGUGAUGAAGUUGGUGUUACAAUUUUAAAAGGAAGGGGAGGUGAUAGAGUAAUGGUAAGAGAGUGUGCAAUCAGUCCAGUGUAUAAUACUGAUAAGGAGAAUGAAGAAGAUCCUUUGAGUUAUUACAAGUCGUGGAAAUAUAUUAUUGGUGGUGAUCUGUCCGCUUUUCAAUUACCCUCAGGAGAUUACUUACUAGACCAA